AUGAAGCUACUGCUACUGACUUUGGCUGUGCUUCUUCUCUUGUCCCAGCUCACUCCAGGGGACACCCAAAGAUGCUGGAAUCUUCGUGGCAAAUGCAACAAAAGAUGCUCCAGGAAUGCCAGGGUCUAUGUUUACUGCACAAAUGGUAAACUGUGCUGCGUGAAGCCCAAGUACCAGCCAAAAGAAAGACCAUGGCAAUUUGCAGUGCCAGGAAGCCUGCAGCCAGGAAAAUACAGAUGA